AGACAUUUUCUGGUGGGUGGCUGCUUUGGAAAACCACGUGGCAUGGAGAGAGUUAAGGUGAGUGAAGGUGUGGUGGAGGAAAUGCCUGUGCUCAGAGGCAACUCUGUGGAAGUGGGUGGUGGUGGGAGAGAGUGUUGGGACAGCUGUACUCAGCACAUCAGGCUGGGGUUUGCCCCACAGUCAGCAGCAUGAGAGAUCAAAUAGACCUGCUGGCCACAGUCACAGUUCUGGGGGUCCUGGAGCAAGCCUAUUUUGCAAUGCAGGUGAUCUGUGCCCGUCGGAAGUUCAAGGUUUCCCCUCCAGAAACAACAGGUCACCCUGAGUUUGAGCGGACCUUCAGAGCUCAGGCAAACUGCUCAGAGUACUUCCCAAUCUUCAUUUCCCUCCUCUGGGUUGCUGGAAUCUUCUUCCAUCAAGGUGUGACUGCAGUGUGUGGGCUGCUGUACCUCUACACCCGCCUCAGGUACUUCCAGGGCUACACCGGGGCUGCACAGGCACGGUUGGGACCACUGUAUGCCAGUGCCUGGCUGCUCUGGGUGCUGCUGGGGCUGGCACUGGCUGGGCUCCUGGCACACUUCCUGAGGCCCAGCUCCUCCACAGGGAUGGCAGCACUGCUGUGGCCUCUCCAGCUCCACGGUACCUGGUGAGGGGGGCCACAGCUCCCCCAAAACCCACUGUUUGCCCCUGGCACAGGGGAGCCAGUCAUGUGGCACCAUCAAGAGAGAAUAUUUCCCUGGCUGCAUUCCCUGCUGAAGGGAGAUGUAUGCUGGCACUCCUCUGCUCUUCAGAGAUAAUUUCCCUUCUAGAAAGCAAAUGCUUUCCAGCCCCUGCCCCUGCUGAGGAGCUUCACUGCUGGGCUUUGUAGCACUGUCUGCUCUAAAAUGCCUCUGGCUCUGCCUCAUGGAGCACAGAUUGACCCACAUGCUGUCGUCUCUCCUCCUUACUGCUGUAAUGAUCUGUGUUGAAGAAUCACACCAUGGAUACAAAAAAAUAAAUUCUUUUUCUCACUAGAAAUUACCUGUGAUUGUCAAAGGUGCUCAGAGACUGGUGUGAGAACAUCUGAGUUGGGGACUGGGUUUCAUAGGAAAAGCUGCUGUGAUUAACUGAAAAUGAUGGGUAAGCUUGCCUAAAACCACAUCCAAACAUUGGGAGAAAAGCCUGACCCCUAGCCCAAGUACUAAAGUCCGUUUGGUAUUGAUUAAAUGACCUUUACUUUACCCCAGCUUCACUUACUACCAACUCUGCAAAAAGACUUUGCCUUCCCUAGAUUCCACCCUCCACUGUGAACUUGGGGUUCACAGGUGCCUAAAGCAGCCCUGCUGCAAGUGACUCUCACUACUGCACCAAAGGUUUAAAUUUAGCUUUUAUUACAGUGCACAUUGUUUUAUAUAUUUAUAUAGAGAGAUGUACUUGAAAAAUCAAAUGUAUCCAAUAAUAAAAAAUACAGAACAAUAAAGUAGUAUAAUGCAUUCCAGUGUAUAGCUGAAAGGACAUUGGGAUUUACACUAAUCCCUACUAUUUUUGAACUGGGCUACCUCUGCUUUUUUUUUUUUUUCCGUCCCCAAAAAACCCA